UUUUAUAAUAAUAACCUCCUCCCUCCCUCCCUCCCCUGAGCUCUCAUUCUUCACGUCGCGUUAUGGCCAGGACAGCGUUUCUCCGCCCUAAUCGCUUACGCGCUGAACUCCGUCAAUCUUCUCCCAUAAGACCCUGCCGGAACCCUAACCCUAACUCCUAUCAAUCACGCUAUCAGAAGAGGAGCCCCGCCGAGUCUCUCGAUCGUUCAUGGCUCCAUGGUGGGACGAUGGUCGUCAAGCUCCCAUCUAAAGAUCUCGUCAUGGGUCAGGUGAAGAUUCUGAAGCGUGGGGAGAAAUUGGAAUCAGGGGAGGAAGAAUUUGUAUCGUGUUUGGAUCCUGAAACAGAGACAACACAGAAUCAGAUUAAGGUCUUCGAAUCGGAUAUGAUUUACGCAGGAUCUAUUGGGAUUCUAUCCUCUCCCCCGCCGAGUUCUCUUCCAUUACCCACGUUCUUGUCGAAGAAGUCCAGUCGCCUCGGUCUUCUGUGAUUUUUGAUCACUCAGUUGUUCAUGGAAAUCGAUUAUUUGGAUUGAAUUGAGAUGAGUUCCUUGUUGGAGGACGUCCUUGCUUUUCUCUUCAAGUGGAAGUCGGAGUUGAAGCACAUGAACCCUUGGAAACGAAGUACUAAUCGACAUUUUACUCUAUUGCAAGGUGAACUGCAGGGUUAUUUUGCUAAUGGUGAUCUGAGUAAAGAUGAUAGAAUUGAUAGGUACUAGUUUUUGAAAUUUGCUUGAAUGUGAGCAUAUUAAUAGUGAUGUUUUGAUAACUUUUUGAACUUUAUAUAAUAAAUUAUGAUUAUGUUCUUUA